AUGGGUGAUCACGGCGACCAAUUUACUAGUCCUUCUCAGGAUGAAGAGUAUAUUGAAAACUAUGACACUUUUACACCUACGAUUACCGAAGCUACCAUCUAUCCUGAGUUCGCGGUAUCUCAACCAUAUCCAUGUGUGUACACCGACGAAGUUUUGCAGCUCGAUAACCAAAUUCAGCAACAUAACUCCGAGUCUUCGCACUUUGUUCGCCCGACCAUUUCGGCAGGCAUCAUGCCUCAGGGAAUUUGGCAAUCGGAGAAUCAUUACCAGCAACAGAUCAUUUACACACCUAUAUGCACACCCACGUACGCACCUGCUAGCGACAUCCCUUUUGAGCAACUUGCAGUCAGUCAUUUCCCGACUCAUCAAACUACUACGCAAAUCAAUGCCUCGUAUGAUGCGGAUGCGAGUUCAAACUUCUGGAGCCCGGGUGUCUGUCGGCAGGCAAGUUGCCUUGCAAAGCCUCUAGACAAGCAAAAUAACUACCAAGAAUACUCGGAUUGGAGACGUCAUUGGUUUCGGGUACAUGAAAAGCAAUACCAAUGCCUGCUUGAUGACGCCAUGUUCGGAACGGCCAAAGAUCUCGAGCGUCAUGAUGAUGCUAAGCAUCGAACGGGAGCCAAAAGACAUUACUGUUACAUUGCAGGAUGCCAAGCUCGUGUGAGAGAGUUCAACAGGAAAGACAAGUUUAAAGAACAUAACGACAGGUGGCAUGGACCCUAUUUCUGUCCAGUUCUUGACUGCGGUCGAGGAAAUGGAAAUGGAUUCCAAAAAAAUGGAUCGUUGACGAAACAUAUGCGCACUUGCCAUGGUUUGUGA